AUGUCGCCUAUGAUCCUGCUCAUGGAUUAUGCCUACGAAUCGAAUUGCAUAAUGCUUCUGCUUAGCUUUUUCAUGUCCCUGGCUCUCAUACUGAACCUCAAGUCCGCCAGCAUAUUGUUAAUGGACUUCUAUCCGAGCAGUGUGAAUGAUUUUCUCCCGUCGCCCAUCAACAUCGAUCGCCGUCUGGUCUUGGCAGUGGGUCGCGGGACACCGCUGAUGUGGCGCAAUUACGAUGCAAUGCCGCCGGCCAUUAUGCUGCUGAACAAUGGCAGCACCGUGGUGAUGCGCAUCUCGUGCGCUCCACAGUGCAAACCACAUCUUCGCGGUUCUCUAUUGAAUGACAAUUAUUAUUUUGUGGAGGCCUCAUUCAAAUGGGGCGGCUCGGAGCAUACAAUUAGCUCACGGCGCUUUGCACUCGAGUUGCAAGUGCUGCAUGCCAAAAAUGCAGCCACGCCGCCAUUUGAAUAUGUGACAAUCUCAUAUUUAUUUGUCAUCACCCAGUGCAAGAAUGAGUCCAUGCAGCAAAUUACCGAGAAUCUGGAUGCGCUUAUCAACGCGGGUUCGGUUAUCGAGGUGCCGCCAUUUGAUCUCUGCUCGCUGUUUUGGCCAUUCGAGAAUGACUACUACAGCUACAGUGGCACCUAUCACAAUGGCACCACCACACUGUCCACCCAGUGGCUAAUCUGUGCGUCCAUCUUUAAUAUAAGUGCCCCGCAAGUGGCGCAAUUUGGCAAGCUCUGUAAUCGCGAUGGUUGUCGCAUUGCUGGAAACUCACGUGCUCUGGUGCCGCUGGACAAUCGACAAGUUCUAUUAAAUUAA